GCUCCCUACAGCUCGCUCACGCGAGACUUGGGCUAGGCGGGGGGCGGGAAGGGAGAGGAGACACAACAAACAUGGCGGUCGCAGCUGCGACGCUGGUGAACGCUGAGGCGGUGGCGGCGAAGAAGAAGAUUGUGGAGAUUUCUUGGUGCAGUUGUCAGGAGAUAUAACACAUUUUCAACAUAGAAGAAAGGAAGAAAGAAAGAAAGAAAGAAAGAAAGAAAGAAAGAAAGAAAGAAAGAAAGAAAGAAAGAAAGAAAGAAAGAGCACCAAGAUGGGUGAAAAGAAACCAGAGCCUUUGGAUUUUGUGAAAGAUUUCCAGGAAUACUUGACACAGCAGACGCAUCAUGUGAACAUGAUCUCGGGAUCAGUUAGUGGGGACAAAGAAGCAGAGACUCUUCAGGGAGCUGGAGCAGAUGGUGAUCAAAAUGGACUUGAUCAUCCAUCUGUUGAAGUUUCCCUGGAUGAAAACUCAGGAAUGUUAGUAGACGGGUUUGAAAGGACCUUUGAUGGGAAGCUCAAGUGUCGGUACUGCAACUAUGCUAGCAAAGGAACGGCCCGGCUCAUUGAGCAUAUCAGGAUCCACACAGGUGAGAAACCUCACAGAUGUCAUUUGUGUCCAUUUGCAUCUGCUUAUGAGCGCCAUCUGGAAGCCCACAUGCGUUCUCAUACUGGGGAAAAACCAUACAAAUGUGAGUUGUGUUCCUUCCGCUGCAGUGACCGAAGUAACCUGUCCCACCAUCGAAGGCGCAAACAUAAAAUGGUACCAAUUAAAGGUACCAGGUCUUCCUUAAGCAGUAAGAAAAUGUGGGGGGUUUUACAAAAGAAAACAAGCAAUCUGGGGUAUAGCAGAAGAGCACUAAUCAACUUAAGUCCACCUUCUAUGGUGGUCCAGAAACCAGACUACCUUAAUGAUUUUACCCAUGAGAUCCCAAAUAUUCAGACUGACGCCUAUGAAACUUUGGCAAAAACUACACCAACUGGUGGUCUGCCAAGGGACCCCCAAGAACUCAUGGUUGACAACCCUUUGAAUCAGCUUUCUACUUUAGCAGGACAGUUGUCCAGCUUGCCACCAGAAAACCAAAACCCUGCCUCCCCUGAUGUAGUUCCCUGCCCUGAUGAAAAGCCUUUCAUGAUUCAGCAGCCCUCUGCCCAAGCAGUAGUCUCUGCGGUGUCAGCAAGUAUUCCUCAGAGCUCCUCCCCCACAAGCCCAGAACCUCGGCCAUCGCAUAGUCAGAGGAACUACAGCCCAGUGGCAGGGCCAAGCAGUGAACCAAGUGCCCACACCAGUACCCCCAGCAUAGGAAACAGCCAGCCAAGCACUCCAGCUCCAACCCUGCCGGUCCAGGAUCCUCAACUUCUACACCACUGCCAGCACUGUGAUAUGUACUUUGCAGAUAAUAUCCUUUACACUAUUCACAUGGGAUGCCAUGGUUAUGAAAAUCCUUUUCAGUGUAAUAUAUGUGGAUGCAAAUGUAAAAACAAGUAUGAUUUUGCCUGUCAUUUUGCAAGAGGGCAACAUAACCAGCACUGAACACAAUCAAUAUCGUUCUCACUUGGUUUGGCCUUUUGGGGGUUUUGUAGUUUGGUCUUUAGUUUUGAUCAUCCCUAAUAAGGUAUCUGCUAAUUUAAAAUUUAUACAUUUUAUUCAUAAAAUAGUAAUUUGAUAGUGAAAGGGGUUUUGUUAACUUUUCAUAAAGUCUGGUCAGGGUUAUUUAUGCAUUAGAUGGGAGCAUUGAUAUCUUUUUCAUUUAGACAUGUAAGAGUUGAAGUACAGCUGGGAUCUUACAGGUGUUCAGUUUCCCACACUUGUCCAUGAGGACUCCCAGGGUUAUCUGUACUCUUGAUAUAUAUAUAGAUACUUCACACAUAUAUUACAGCUAAAUAUUCUUUCUGCAAUAUUUCAAGAUGUCACAAUAAACUUCUUAUAAAACCUUCACAACAUUUCAGUGUUUGUAGAGAAACUGCCUUUAGAUUUGCUCUUAAUUAAAAUGCUAUUUUCAUUCACUUAAGUUGAAUUAGUUUCAUUUCAUCCAAAAACAGUACAGUUAUUUCAGUGUAAUAAAUUUUUUUCUUUGAGGGGAAAUAUAAACCAAUUCUUUUCAAAUUUAAAUUAUAAAAAUGAAAGUCCUGGAAGUUGAAAUUUGGGGAUAAAUUGAAAAUUGUGUUUGCUAUUGGAGAUAUCUUUCAUUUAAUACCUAGUUUAAACAUGUUAGCUUUUGAUUGUUUUUAUAUGUGUAUAUAUAUUUCUAAUUUUAAAGCCACAGGUAAAUAUGCCAGAGUGUUACAUGCCUUUUUCAGCCUGAAUCUUUCAUUUAAAUUCUGCAUUCAGCUGUUAUUGGUGUCAGGUAAGACUGACAACCACACUGAUAAUCUUAUUCUUCCUAGUCUUUGAUGACCAAAGAGGAAGUGGGGUUCAUCUAUCUUAUUAAGAUGCUUCAAAACAAUCUCCAAAGUUUCCUUUUCUGCCUUCUGCCAAUAAUUUCAUAGAAAGGUGGGUAGAAAAACCCAGAAAAAUGUGCUAAUGAGGAAAUAGCUAUGAAAAUGAGAACAUGUCCAAACAGAUCUGACUUUCCUCUGCAGAGCAGGCCAUGGAAGGUACUUCCUGUGCGUCUUCAUGGACAGAGACACUGGGAUAGUGUCACCACAGUGGGAAAGGUAGAGAGUGAAAGUCAAUACAAAGCACAUUUAAAUGUGACAUUUAACUUGUUUAUAAUUAGAGGUUCAUUUUACAUAGGAAGCUGUUAUUUUUGUAUUGUGUAAUAAGCUUACCCCGAAGAGAGCCUGGCAAACAAUAAAACAUUGUCACUUACUCUUGGUUUCUGUGUACUUUGCAAAAUUUUCAUUUUUAAUUUGGUUAAUAUCUUAAAAAUAUUUCUAAUUGGCUUCUUAAAGAAAUAUCCUGUCAAGCAUUUAUUAACCAAGAAAUGGCCUCUUACAGUAAAUAAGAGGGAAAUAUUGAUGGUGUCUACCCAUUAAGCCCCAAGUGCCCUGUUUAUGGAUGUGCCCUCCUUCCCAGUGCUCGAAAGCCAUUCAGAGGGUGCCUGUGCUUGCACAACCAGUGUUGGCUCAUCCCAACUGCACUGUUAAAGCACAGCACAAAGACACUUUCUCUUGUGACUCUUUCUAGUGAUUUUUGUCUGUUGCUUACUCACUGGUUAGAUUAAUUUUAGUACAACACUUUCUAAAUACAUAACUCGUGUAGUGCUUAUCAGUUGCCAGAAGGAAACAGGUUGUUGUUUGGAAAUUUUGCUAUUUUUGAAGUUUGAUUCAACUAAAAGCAAUACCCCCAAAUAGAGAGUGAAAACUUCCCUAAAGAGGAAGAAGCCCAGUGUGGUGCUGCACACCUGUAGGCCCAGCUGUGUACAAUCUUCCAGGCAGGAAGAUUGUUAGACACAGGAGUUCCCUGCCAGGCUGGGCAUCACUGCAGGUCUCAAAAUCCAGACAACCUGAAAGAGCUCACCUUAAAGCCAGCUUUAUCAUCUUUACAUUCUGGGCCAAACAGUGACAUGUGCAUUUUGUUUUCCUAACAACUAAAGAUGAAUGUUUUGAAAGUACAUUUCACUUUAAAUAUGGAAAAAACUUUUCAUAAGUACAAGCUAGAAGGGAAAAUCCUAAUUUUCUAAUACCAUAAAGAGCACAGUUGGUCUUCCAAAGGUGAUGCGUAAAGCUACAAAUAAAUGCACUAAAAUUUUGAAGCAAAUCUACCUUAGAAACUUUUUUGAAAUUGUACUUUUAAAGAUUUAGGAUUUUGCUUAAAUAUUCUGAGUUAAAUUCUGUAUUAGGAAAGAUGUUAGAUUCUUUCCUUAAAUACUAAAUAUGUUCCUCAUUUUAUUUUUAACCAAAUGUUUUAUAGAGAUGAGUUGAGAAAAGUUUAACAUGCACUAUUUAUAGUACUUUGCCAUUAACAGGCAAUGUUCUGAAACUAAAUUUAUUUUUGUUCAGUGAACAUAAGUUUAGAUUUUUAAAGUUGGUAAUUUAUCUCCACUAAUAUUUUUUUAAGAAACUGUGAAGAGAUUAAUGGAAUAAUUUUAUUUCAGAUUUUACUAAUGUAGUAUGUAGCUACAACUUCUUGACAUUCAAGUGAAGACUAGACUUUUAUUUUGAAAAUUUUCCAUUGGGUAGUUCCAGUGCUGUUUCAUUUUAGAAAUGUGUUUGCCAUUCAUCUGCAGAAUUGUUUGACAAAGGGAAUAUACUUAAACUGAAAAACAAAAAAUCAACAGAGGUAACUCUCUUUUAAAUUUGCAAAAAUACUUAUCAAAUGAAGAAUUAUUAGAAAAUUUAAAGUUCCCUGCUAAAGAUGUUUUCAUUAGUCUUAGGGGGUAGGUAUAUGCUUUCUAGAACUUGUUUUUGUUGAUGCCUGGAUGUAUGGGACAUGUUAUCUAUAUGAGGUGUAAAUCUUGCAUUAUAGUUGUAAGGUACAUUAUAUUAUUUAGGGAUCAAGGAAGCAGUUUAAUGUUGAAGUAACUAUCUAGUACAUAGUUCCUAUUGUGAAUAAUGCUUUGCUUUUGUAAUAUAUGAAUAAAAAAUAACACUUUUUAAUGACUUUGUUUUUUAAAACUAGAAUAAAAUGGAUUUUUUUUUUUAGUAAUUUGUGAUACAUGAAAUAUUAAUAAAGGAUUUUAUGGCUGGCAA